UGCGCGUGAGCCCCGUAGGGCCGGGGAGGCACCAGCUGCCGCGCGGGGGGAGGAGGCCGAGGCCGCGGCUUGAGGGAGGCCCCGGCCCCUCAGCGCCUGUGUCUGGCAGAGCCGGUGUGAGACGAAGAGACAAUCCUUCCCUUCCGCCGGGAUAAUCAAGAGUUUUGGCCGGACCUUUGAGCACACACCAAGAUAGUGAGGAGCCAGACGCAAAGCACAGACUAUGGCGCUGAAACGGAUUAAUAAGGAACUUAGUGAUUCGGCCCGUGACCCUCCAGCACAGUGUUCUGCAGGUCCAGUUGGGGAUGAUAUGUUUCAUUGGCAAGCCACAAUUAUGGGACUUAAUGACAGCCCAUAUCAAGGCGGUGUAUUCUUUUUGACAAUUCAUUUUCCUACAGACUACCCCUUCAAACCACCUAAGGUUGCAUUUACAACAAGAAUUUAUCAUCCAAAUAUUAACAGUAAUGGCAGCAUUUGUCUCAAUAUUCUAAGGUCACAAUGGUCUCCUGCUUUAACUAUUUCUAAAGUUCUUUUAUCCAUUUGUUCACUGCUAUGUGAUCCAAACCCAGAUGACCCCCUAGUGCCAGAGAUUGCACGGAUCUAUAAAACAGACAGAGAUAAGUACAACAGAAUAUCUCGGGAAUGGACUCAGAAGCAUGCCAUGUGAUGCUACCUUAAAGUCAGAAUAGCCUGCAUUAUUAAGCUGGAAUAAACUUUAAAUUACUGUUCCUUUUUUGAUUUUCUUAUCCGGCUGCUCCCCUAUCAGACCUCAUCUUUUUUAAUUUUAUUUUUUGUUUACCUCCCUUCAUUCAUUCACAUGCUCAUCUGAGAAGACUUAAGUUCUUCCAGCUUUGGACAAUAACUGCUUUUAGAAACUGUAAAGUAGUUACAAGAGAACAGUUGCCCAAGAUUCAGAAUUUUU